AACUGAGAAGGAAAUUUUGAAAUUUCAGUAUAGAACGGAUCGAUUUAAAAGGGGCCAGCCGCAGUAGAGCGUUUGCUCUGGAGGUGUUCAGAAGUGAGUUCGGAGGGUUUUCGCGCAAAAUGGUCAAGUUUAAAAAGUUGGUUUUGCUGGUGAGUUCAAUCUUUGUGCUGCUGUACUUGAUCAACGGUGAAUCAUGCGACAGGCAGAUGGUCGAGCAAAUCGAAAUGAUGGAUAAGCAGAUGGCGAUGCUCACGGAAAACAUGAAAAAUGUAGUCUGGUCGGUGAUGGCUAUGGAAGUCACUUUUAAUCGGUUCAAACGUGAAAUGCAAAAUUUGAACACUGAAAACGGCUUUGGAUCCUCGGGAGGAAUGCCUAACAAUUUUGGAUUAAUGAGUGACUGCCAGAAACCCAAUCUGGACGUUCUUCUUGCCCAGUACAUCAAGGAUCGUGCCGUUGUUGAGGUUAAGUUUUCUGAUGGUUCUUCAGUUACCAGCAUCGGAAGUCAAAUUCCUCCAAUGAUGGAACAGCCUCCGUCACAAGACCAAAUAAAAUCCUGCAAAGAAGCCAACAAAACCGGACCGCAUAUGCUGAAGAUCGAUGGAAUCGAUGACGAAUUCCUCGUGUUGUGUGACAACGAUUACGAAGGAGGCGGUUGGUUGGUGAUCCAGAAUCGGUUCAAAGGAUUGCUGGACUUUUACCGCAAUUGGACGGAUUACAAGGCUGGAUUUGGUGACAUCAACGAAGAUUUUUGGAUUGGAAACGAGCUGAUUCAUCAGAUUUCGAAGGAGAAACCACGUGAAAUCCACUUCUUGUUGAGCGAUUGGGAAGACAAGUUUGGAGUGGCAAAAUAUUCUGGCUUCCAAAUGGGCGGUGAGGAUGAGAUGUACGCGCUGAAGAGUUUGGGCAGUUACAGUGGAACCGCUGGAGAUUCUUUGUUACGGAAUGUGGGGCAGAAGUUUUCCACCAAGGAUCGAGACAACGAUGCGUACGAAGGAAGUUGUUCCCAUUUGUACUUUGGAGGGUGGUGGUACGACAAGUGCCACUUGGCCAACUUGAACGGAAAGUACGUGAAGGGAGCGGUUAGUGAUUACGCAACGAUGAUGUGCUGGAGCUCGUUCAGAGGAUUCAACUACGGGUUGAAGACUUCAAGGAUCAUGGUUCGGUUUUAGGUAUCAACCCUUGCGUAAAAUAUCAUGGAUUU